AUGGCAUUGAUUAACACAGCUGCUGAGAACAACAUCACCUUUGUGCGACCUGCAUAUUUUAUUAUAAGUGGUUUUAUUGGCAUACCUAAUAUUAGAUAUUAUUUUGUCUUUCUGUGUUUUAUUUACAUUCUUGCAGUGGUGGGAAACACAUUAGUGAUGCUUGUAAUAACAUUGGAUCACAUGUUGAGAAGUCCAAAAUAUAUUGCUGUUUUUAACCUUGCAUUUACAGACCUGUUAAGUAGCUCUGCUUUGAUGCCAAAGGUUGUUGACAUUUUUCUGUUAAACCAUUAUUAUAUUUCCUACAAUGACUGCUUGACUUUCAUGUUUUUCUGCUCUACUUUUUAUGCGAUGCAAACUUUUAAUCUGGUUGUAUUGUCCUUUGACAGAGUCAUGGCUAUCAUGUACCCGCUGCACUAUCAAAUGAGAGUGAGCCACAAGCUCAUUUUAACUUUGAUCGCUUUUUUCUGGCUUCUUGCCACAACUCUUAUACUCAUUGUAGUUGGCCUUCUCACAAGACUUUCUUUUUGUAAGUCUGUUGUUAUUCAGAGCAAUUUCUGUGAUCAUGGUCCUAUGUAUCGUCUUGGCUGCAAUGAUAUUACCCCCAAUCGUGCAAUUGCUGGUUUGGCACCAGUUAUAAUUCUUGGGUUUCCACUGGCAUUUAUCGUGGGAAGUUACUGCUGUAUUGGUUAUUCUUUGUCAAAUAUUUCUACAUUUAGGGAAAGAGUGAAAGCUUUUAAAGCCUGCACAGGUCACCUUUCAUUAGUGGCAAUUUAUUUCCUUCCUAUUAUAUUUGUGUAUAUCUUUGGGAGUGUAAUACAUCCAAAUGCUAGAAUCAUAAGCCUUUCUAUUAGCACUGUAUUGCCUCCCAUGUUAAACCCGAUUAUCUAUGUUCUUCAGACACAGGAGAUCAAAGAGUCAUUAAAGAAGUUGUUGCAAACUAGAGCGCAGUUUAGAAUUGCAGAAAAAUACUGA